UCAAGUCUCGCGCGCGGUUUCCCGGAAGUUGGAGGCGGGCCAAGUCCUCAGUUAAAGAGCGAACCUAGAUCCCGGUGGAGGGUAAGUGGAGACAACUGCUUUCGGGCCCGAGUGGAUGGGGAAGGAGGAAAGAGAAUGAAUGAGUGGAUGCCCAUUGCCAAAGAAUAUGAUCCUCUCAAGGCUGGGAGCAUCGAUGGUACCGAUGAAGAGCCCCAUGACCGUGCCAUCUGGCGGGCAAUGCUGGCACGCUACGUCCCCAACAAAGGGGUGUCUGGGGAUCCCCACCUCACUCUCUUCGUGGGCAGGCUGAACUUGCAGACAACAGAAGAAAAGCUGAAAGAUGUCUUCAGCAGAUAUGGUGACAUCAGGAAGCUGCGGCUGGUCCGGGAUGUGGUCACAGGCUUUUCAAAGCGUUAUGCUUUUAUUGAGUACAAAGAGGAGCGAUCUCUGUUAAAAGCUUACCGAGAUGCCAAUGGACUGGUUAUUGAUCAGCAUGAGAUCUUUGUCGACUAUGAGCUGGAAAGAAUCCUUAAAGGGUGGAUCCCUCGGAGACUUGGAGGAGGGUUUGGUGGAAAAAAGGAAUCCGGGCAACUGAGGUUUGGGGGACGUGACCGGCCUUUUAGAAAACCCAUUAACUUGCCAGUUUUCAAAAGUGACUUCUAUGGAGAGGGGCAGAGAGAAAGGAGAGAAUGGUCCCGAGAUAGAACCUGGGACUGGAGGGCCAGAGACCAUGACAGAGGCCGAGAGAAGAGACGGCAAGAAAGGGAGACCACCAGGUCCUGGGAUGAGAAUGAGAGGGAGAGAGAGAGAGAAAGAGACUUCAGAGAUGAGAGGAGCAGGGGCCGAGAGAGAAAAGACCGAGAGAGAAGAGAUAGGAGCAAAGAACGAGACUCAAAAAAGCAGAGGGAUGACGAUAAACACAAAUAGACGUGAACUUUUGGCAUCUCUAUGAAAUCUCUCUCCCUUUCCUCUUUACCCGCAUGGGUGUCCGUCGCCAGUGCUUGGGGUGCAUGCUUUCCUCUUCUCCCUUCCUAAAAGGCUCAGCUGCCACCUCCAUGAAGUCUUCCUUUACAUGCCCAGCUCAAAGUGGGCUUUUUCUCCUUAGGUUUUCCAAAGCUUCCCCCUGAGCUCUCCUUUGCUACUUUCCUAGUCUAACCUGUAUUACCCUUAUUAUAUUCUAUCCCUGCAUCCUAACUAGGCUCAAACUUUGCUCAUCUUUGUACCAUCAGGGCCUUGUAUACAAUCAGCUGCUAAAUAAAUAUUUGUUUCAGAUCA